UGCUUCUUAUUGUGGUCUUGCGCAUGGCUGUGGCAAGUGCUCGCUCCUCGUUGCCGUCAUCAUCAUCACCAUUGCUGCCCCAGUCAUUGCCUGGCCUCGAGAGGAUGUUGGUGCACGGAGGAAGCACCGGCAGCCGGAGCCUUCGAGAAAUCGACGAGGAGGAGGAGGACGACGGCGGCGGCGGCUAUGGCGGAGGACAGAUUUACGUGGCAGUUGGCAAAGACUUGAAGGACGGUAAGGCCAACAUCCAGUGGGCAGCUAGUAAACUCCAGCUCCAGCUCCAGCCCCAGCAGAGUGAUGUCAAGAAGCUUGUGCUGCUGCAUGUCCACCAGCCUGCAGAUAGAAUCAUGAGCGGGUUGUGUAAGGUUCCUGCAAAACAGCUAGAAGAAAAGGAGCUCAAGGCAUACAGAACGAUUGAGAAGGAUGAUAUGAACAAACUUUUAGACCAGUACCUGAGUUACUGCAAAGUAUUUCCAAAGGUGCAAGCUGAAACAUUGGUGAUAGAGAAGAACAAUGUUGCAAACGGCAUUGUUGAGUUUAUUGAUAAACAUCAUAUUACAAAGCUUGUUAUGGGAACAUCUUCCUUCUCAGUGAAGAGGCAAGUACCAAAAUCAAAAGUUGCAGGAACUGUACAUCAACUGGCCAAACCAUAUUGCCAGAUCUUAUAUAUUUGCAAAGAAUCUCUUGCUUGCACUAGGGAAGCCAAUCAGUUUGCCGAAAAAGGAGACUCCCCCAGAAGCAGCUCCGGGAGUUCUCUGUCAGAUCAGCCCGAAUUCCCUUCAAGAUCAGUGUCGUUGCCAUCAUCGUAUCCCGGUUUCCAGAAAUCCCUGCCUCCACGGUGCAAUUCAGUUAGUUAUCCCUCUUCAAGAUAUUUAGAGAACGAUGUGGAGAACAUAUCACCUGCAGGGCGGCACCCAGUUGAUGUAGCACCAAAAGGUUCCUCUCUGAAUCCCAGACAUCAAAGCGAUGGAGUGUCCUCGCCAACUCUGAAGGAUUUGGACAUUAUGGAUGAUGGAUCAUCAGGACCUGUUUCAAUCUCAAGUUCUGAAGAGCAUCAGCAUUCCAUGGUUGAAGCUAACAGACAGAAUGAAAUGUUUGAGAAAUGGCAGCAAGAUCGCAAUGAGCUAGAGCGAUCAAGAAAGGAAGCAUUGGAGGGCCGACAGAAAGCCGAGAGAGAUCUUUUUGAAGCUUCUAAGAUGUUUAGAGCACGGGAGAAUUCACUCUGUAAAGGAAAAGAUGAGGUAGAGGAAAGACUAACCAGAGAAAAGGCUCGUCUUGAAAAGGAGCACCUCCAGAUCUGUAAUGAGCUGCAGAAGGCAAAUGAGCAAAGAGUAGAACUGGAGAGAAAGCUUAUGCAUGCCAAUUCUCUGAUGGAAGAGCUCCAGCAUGUACAAAGAGAGAUGCAGCAUGAAAAAGAUAAUGCUGUAAAAGAAGCCGAAAAGAUGCGCCUAAUAAACUGCAACAAUGUAUUUUGCUCUACUGGUGCUGUUGCCUUGACGGAGUUCAGCUACACAGAGAUUACAGAAGCAACUAAUGACUUUGAUGAAUCCAAAAAGAUUGGACAUGGUGGAUGUGGAAGUGUCUACAAAGGUUUUCUCCGUCAUACCACUGUGGCUAUAAAGAAAUUCAACCGUGAAGGCGUAACAGGAGAGAAAGAGUUCAAUGAUGAGGUAGAAACUCUGGGAAGGAUGAGACAUCCAAACCUUGUGACCCUGAUAGGAGUGUGCAGGGAUGCCAAAGCUUUGGUUUACGAGUUCCUGCCAAACGGGAGUCUAGAGGACCGUCUGCGUUGUAAAAACCAAACAGAUCCACUUCCAUGGAGAAUGCGGAUCAGAAUUGCUGCUGAGAUCUGCACAGCACUUAUCUUCCUCCACUCCAACAAACCAAAAGGCAUUGCCCAUGGCGAUCUGAAACCUGAUAAUGUCCUUCUUGGAGACAACUUUACAGCCAAGCUAGGGGACUUUGGGAUCUCUCGUUCAUUGAAUCUGACAGACACCACCAUCACCCCUUACCACCGAACAAGCCAAAUUAAAGGCACAUUAGGAUACAUGGAUCCAGGAUAUAUUGCUUCAGGGGAGCUCACGGCACAGUAUGAUGUCUAUUCAUUUGGAAUAGUGCUGCUAAGAUUGCUAACUGGCAAGAGUCCCCUAGGCCUUCCUAGUGAGGUAGAGACAGCUCUGAACAAUGAAAUGCUGCAGGAGAUAAUUGAUGCUUCUGCAGGGGAAUGGCCACCUGAGUAUACUAAAAGGUUGGCAAUCCUAGCACUGAGAUGUUGCCGGUAUGACAGAAAGGAGCGCCCUGAUCUUGCCAAGGAAGCCUGGAGUGUUCUACAGGCCAUGGUGAACUGUCCAGACAACACAAACAAAUGUGAUACACCAUCCUUUUUCAUCUGCCCAAUGACACAGGAAACCAUGAGGGAUCCACAUAUUGCUGCCGAUGGAUUCACAUACGAAGGUGAGGCUAUAAGAGACUGGCUUCAAAGGGGGCAUAAGAUAUCCCCCAUGACCUACCUCACUCUCACACACCAUGAGCUGAUUCCUAACAACGCCCUUCGUUUUGCCAUUCAAGAGUGGCAACUGAAACAGAAACUAUGACCUUUUAUUUAGUUUGUUUUUAUCGUGUAUCUAAGCUAAGAAAACAGUUUAAAUUGUGUAUAGUCUAGGGAAUUACAUUAUUAACUGAAGCAGCUGAUACUUUCCCAAAAUUUUGGAGUCCACGAUUAAAUGUUGUACAUAUUGUGAGGAGGCUCACACGUUUGGGAACAUUCAAUGUAACCUCACCAAAGAAGAUGUAUUGCCCAACUUGAAUGAAAAGGAUACUAGAUCAUCCACCUGUCUAUGGAUGCUUAUUUCACCAACCGGGUCUGGGAACGAUAGAAGUGCUGGGUAUUAGUGCCAUUCCAGGUCCCCGGCGAAUGUGGCCUGCCCUGGAUAGUUGGUGGAUGAAGACAAGAAAAUGUUUUGGCAAGAGGUACAGAAAAUCCUUUGACUCUGCGUUUGCGAUGAUCUGUUGGCUUAUAUGGAAGGAACGUAACGCUAGAAUUUUCGAAAACAAAGUGAAGUCAGCAACGCAAGUGUUCAAUGAAAUUAGAGACGAGAUCGUCACUUCGACGGAGGCUGGCUAUUUCAAAUAUUGUGAGGAGUAGCUUAUUUCCUUUUUGAUCUUUAUUUUUGCCCCGGCUCUUGCCGGACUCAGC